UCUGAGGCUUCCCAGGGCAACAGAUCAACUUUGCUGAAAGCUGCUUGGCUGUCAUCUCCUCAUAACCCCCCUCGACAGGGGCAGUGCUUUUACAGAAUGCGCUCUGACAUUUUAGCCAAGGAGACAAUAGCACGAGCAUUCUGAAGGAAUGGGAGGCAAGCAAUCAAAGGACUUUGCCACCGAGGAGCUGAAGAAACAAGUCAGGAAGAAUGCAGGGCAGGAGGAGAGCCUGUCUUCGGCGGAGAGGAUCCGCAAGCAAGCCACCACCCGCUUUGGGUACAGCACUCUGAGCUUGGCCAUGCGUGGCCUGACCGAGGCCCCUGAGGAGCUUUGGGAGCUUACGGAGUUGGAGAAGCUCAACCUGUCCCUCAACUGCCUGCUCGCGCUGUCUCCCGCUGUGGGCGCCCUGCAGAAUCUGGUGGUGCUCAACCUGUGGGGGAACCAGCUGACCAGCCUGCCCCCCGAGAUCGGCCAGCUGAAGAGGCUGCGGGUGCUCUUCGCCUACCGCAACCGGCUGAGCGAGGUGCCCGAGGAGCUGAGCGAUUGCACCAAGCUGGAGGUGCUCAGCCUGGCCAACAACCAAAUCGUGGGCCUCCCCAGCAGCCUCGUGGGCAUGAGCAGCCUCAAGAAGCUCAACCUCAGCCACAACCGCCUCUCCCACAUCCCCGCCUGCGUCUACGGCAUGAAGAGCUUGGUCUUCCUGCACCUGGCGUGCAACCGACUGGAGAACAUCGCCGACCAGAUCCAGGCUCUGGUCAACCUGAAAAUCCUCAUCGUUGAGGGCAACUGCAUUCACUCCUUGCCCAAGACCCUUUGCUUCCUCACCUCUCUGGAGCUGCUCAAUGUGGACUUCAACGACAUCCAGAACGUUCCUGUGGAAAUGUACCUGCUGAGGAAGCUGGAGAAGCUGGCCUGCCACCCGCUGGAUAAGGGCCUGCACAUCAUGCACAACCCACUGCUGAAGCCCAUUAAAGAGGUGUUGGAGGGAGGACUCAGUGCCCUCUACAGCUACCUGAAGUCAGCGUGAGAUUGAAAUGUGGGAGCAACUCAAUCACUGUUAUGUGACUUAAAUCACGGCACUAUGUUAUUGGGUCUUCCGGCAGAAGGCACUCAUUCAUAUUUCAUGAGUAAGCGUUGUGUGACUUUUUUCCUUGAUCUAAACGUAAAGGACUGGAUAACCUUGCGUUAAAGCCAUUCAUUUAUAGUUUCAUGGAAAUGCCAAGACAGCCUUAAGGUUGCUGAAACUGUGGAUUUUAAUAUCACAACUGAUCGUCCCUGACAAUAUUCUUGAUUAAAUAAUGUGGGUACAGUAAUGAAGAUUGGUCUUAUUUUGCAAAGCAACUUCAUGCUGCUCUGGAGUCUGAAGGAUUUUGUGUGAAGAAACAUAAAUUAGAGAGGAAAUUAAACCUUGAGUAGAAAAGAAAUUCUGAUAAAACAUUAUCAUUAGACAGAAACAAUGAGGAGCUGGUAUCAGGAUUUCUUCCGAAGAAGUGCGUUCCCAGGGCCACCUGUGAACUCAAGCGAGAGACUAGUCAUUUCCUCACCCUGAACAAGCAUGGAAUUUCUCCACUUUUUUUGUGAAGCACAUGCCUCUACUUUGCACUCUGCUGACUCAGUUCGGUUGACCUUGCUUCCCCCCUGCGGCAGAGAGACUCCGGGGGAAGAACAAGUUCAAUUACAGCAACCCCCUCCCACCUCCUUCCCCCACCUUCCCCUCCCCUGGGUCUCAGGCUGCAUAGCAAGGAUCAAGUCUGAGCGGACUAAUGGAAACUAUGGGGGGACAUUAAAUCCAACUCAAGGGGUGCCAUAAACUUUGAUUAAAUGUUCCACUCCAUCACGUCAGCAAACAGUUCAGUGUUGUAGUCACCUACUGCUUCAUUCAAGAGUUGCGACUGAACAUUGCUCAGAAACGGACAGACUGAUUCUGCACAUUUUCCUGCAACAUGAAGUUUUAAUCAAUGGAGCUCGUCUUAAUCUUUCCUAGCGGAUUUACUUUUUUUGUAUUUGUGACAUGUCGGCAUUAGGUUUGUCUGGCAAAUGUAUUGAAGUAUUGAACAAAGAACCUUUUUUAAAAAUAACCUGUUUGCUAUUCCAAAUGCAUUUGUAUCCAUUGGCUUUAUUCCGGCUGGCACCAGUCAGCAUACAAGCUAUCCCUGGACUGGAGAGGCAUGCAGAAAUCAUUCUGUUGCCUCCCGGGUCAAAGAAGUAAACCUUGUUCAUUGUUUAAAUUGACUUUUCUUAUCAGAUCAUAAAGAAUAAUGUUGUUUGUGCUGUACAGAUCGAUGCAGAGAAACAGAUGUGAAUAUAAACCAUGAUGAUGAUAAAAUGAUCUGGUGAGCACUUUUCUAUUGAUCCAUGGCUCAUGUGCACCGUGACAUAAUUUAUCUCUUAAUCAAUUACCCUGAUUAUAAAACCCUGACCCUUGUGCUUGGUUGAUCAAUAAUCUGAUUUUGGUCCCAAAUGAAUAUUGUGUUUGCAUAUAAAUGUGUGUUUUGUUCCAGUUAUCUUGGAAGAUGUCUGCAUUUGCUUAAAUGUAUAUUGAUACAUGUUACAGUAUGCAAAAAUAUGGUUGUGCAUAGUUCUUCUCAAAUCUUGCAGUUGAUAAUCAAAAUUUAAUAGAAAAAGAGAAUCUUUUGUUAGCACUUUUGCGGGAUGAUUACAUUCUCUUAAAUGAUUUAUGAACUGCGGAACUAUUCUGAUUAAAUGCUAUUCAGAGUUAAUUACGCUUUUUCUGUUUUCCACAAAGAAGUAAAAUAUACUACUGGUGAUUAUUUGCAAGUGCAAUGCAAAAACCUUUUUAGGAUUCAUAAUCAUUUUCUGUUCUUACUGUGAAUACUCUUAUCAUUUAUUAUUUUUCAAUUUUAUGCAAUAACUAUGAGCUAUUAGAGAACAGCUCUAAAACUAGUCAAAAAUAUUAAUUUAGAGUUUUCCAGCUCCUGAUAGACAAUCUAAUUUUAUGGCCAGAGCCAGCCUUAUGUAUUUGCACACAUGGGUUUUCAUCAUGUGAAGACAUCCUUAUACGUCAAAUAAUAUGGCACUAAUCACAAAAAUGAAAGUAUAUGUGCAGUACUACAAAUCUCAAAGGUGGUCAGUGGAGGUAAAAGUGUCAUAAAAUAAUGUUGUGGUGUAUUGGCUCUCUGUCCCAUGCACUUUGGAUGCCCUUUGACUUUUCGACAGCCGCAUGCUACACUUUGAUUUGUGUAUGUUUUUUCCUCUUUGAGAGCACAUAGUUUUUUCCUCGUGGUGGUUAUACGUCGUACAAUGAAUGCCAAAUCCCAUUAGUCAUGCAAAUUGUCCACUCAGCGAGUGUGCCCGGUACUCAGUCUGUGGGAAUCAGUGUCUGAUGAGGGCACGUGUGCAUUCUUCACAGCAUUAUUGCUACUCAUACAAAAAAAAAAAAAAACUAUGCAUGGUAUCCAGUUCAACAGGACAUAAACGAUUUUAUUCCAUUAAAUACAACACUACUUUCAAAAAUGUGAAACUCAGUGCACACAGCAGACACACAGACAUAUGGACAACUGUAAGAAAGCUAGCUACAACAAAAAUGUCUAAUGUAGCAAUUUUGAUAUUGUAUUUGUAGAAUUUUUAUUUUUUUGUGGUUAAAUAUUUCUUUUAAUUUAAGAAAUAUACCACUUAAGAUUUAUCACAAACGCACCAGGCUCUAACACCUUCUGCUUGUAUUGCUUUACCGAGGGAAAUAGUCUUGUAGACAAAUAUGUCAACAAUAAUGAGUGUUUUUCCACACUUGGCUGAUGUACCAGGAAGGAUGCAGUGGUUGAAUCAAAUUGCAUUUCCGAUAGAAACAGAGAAACAAAAUGACCAUAUCUCACAUAUAUUAGAUAGCAUAUUGUAUAUUUGUGACAUUUAUAUCUUAAGGAAAGAGAAUUGGUGACAUGGGUUUAUUAGAGAUGGUAAACAGGAAUUUUAUGUGGUUAUGCUGCUUGUUAUCAUCUGAAUCAGAGAACUAAUACUUAAGCAACUGUUUUAAUGAUUGUACUGUAAAAACAGUGACGUGUUAAUAUGGUUAUGCACGGCAUUUACUGAAAAAGCUGCUCUGUAAUAAUAUGUAAUGUAAUACUCUUAUAGAAGCUGUCAUUUUCUUUCAUUUUGAUGUUAUUUGCAUAAAUUAAUCUUGCAAAUAAACAAGCUCAUAUGGAGUCUAAAAUGACC